AUAUUCCAACUAAAAAACUAUUGCAGGCUGUUGAAUAAAUAUAGAUCUAAUAAUAUAUACUAGGCUAUAUAGAGAUGGCUGGAAGAGAGGUUGCCCGAGUUGUGAAUAGAUGCAAUGAAGCAAAAGAAAAUGAGAAUAAAAUUCUUGAUUUAUCGCAAUGUGAGAUGACACAAAUUCCAGAUGCUGUGUAUUUCUUAAUGAAUCAUACAGAGAUUGAAUCAUGCAUCUUAGCACAGAACCUUUUAAAAAGAAUCCCUGCCAAAUUUAUAACCAAUUUUCCUUGUCUUAAAGAACUUUACAUAAACAGCAAUCAUCUUGGUACUUUACCAGAUGAGAUGCUGCAGUUUGAAGUCCUUGAAACUCUUGACAUAUCUCAAAAUGAAUUUACAACUCUACCAUCAGUUGUUUACAAGAUGGGAAGUCUAAAAACAUUAAAUGCAGAAAAAAACUUAAUCACAGAAGUGGACAUCAAGGAAUUAAAGAACCUGCCUAACAUUUUAGAAUUGAAUUUUCAAGAAAAUCCUUUGUUGCCAAGCAUGUUGUCUGAACUAAAGUGCUUUCCUGAAAAUAUUAAAGUUUUUUUGACAGUAGGACCUAAUGUUUAAAUAAUGUGUUUGAUAUUUUUUAACUUAAAAAUAAAAUAAAAUAUAUAACUAGUUAUGAAAGUGCAAUAUCAUUAUUGUUUGUGGAGUUCAUAAUAGUUUUCAAAAUGUUGUUUUCAAAGAAAUUAUGUAAACAUACAAAUGUGUGCCUUCAAUCUUUGUUUUUCUCUGUGAUGGUCUAAAAUAUCAAUUGAUCAAAAGGAAUCUUUAUUUUUUAUUUAUUAUACACUAAUUAUAUUACUGGAUUCAUUGUAAGAUUUUUAUUAAGAAAAUUGUCUUAUUAUGUUUGUAAAUUAAAAUAGCUGUUGUCUACUUUAUGCUUAUACGUUUGUGAACAAAAUUAUGUUUUGAUAAUUCCUUUAUACUUUGUGCCUACUUUUUUCUGUGAGUUAGCACACUAAAUUAAGCAUAGGCUUAUAUUUUUAUAUAGAUCUAUUACUUUAUUGCGUUUCAUAAUCAUGAUCAAGCUAAAUUUAUAUUACUAACUUUUUAGAUUUUAAAUAGCAAGAUUAACUACUGUUGAAUUUAUAUAUACUAUUAGUAUAUCUAACGAUUUUAUAUUUUAAAAUAAAAUUUCAAUGCUAACCUAAUGCUUGCACUUUACAUGCAACACAUCUUUAAUUCAAAAUAAAUUCUUUAAAAAAAAAGAC